UCUCAGAACAGCAAGAAGUCGGGCGGACAGCAACAAAACAAACAGAGAAGAAGAAGAGGUAGUUGUAGUAGUAGUAGUAGUGGAAGAAGAAGAAGAAGAAGAAGAAGAAGGAUGCAAACUCAGAUCCAGUCUAUGCCGCGCGGAGCCUCCAGCAGCGCGCAGAGUGUGAGCAGCAGCAGCGGAGCCAUGAGUCCCCUCAGCCCGGCCAGCAUCACCCUCACAGCGCUCCUCAUCCUCUGCGUCCCCGUCUGCACAAGCGCUCCAGCAGAACUUUAUCAAACCACAACAGCUCAGAGGCAGCUCCUCAGCCAGAUAGACGACGUGUGUUCGUCCUACCUCUCUGCAGACCUGAAGAUGUGGGCGUCUGAUGUGUUAGGAGAGCUCUGUGUGCUGAUGCUGUUCCAGAAGUCAAAGGAGCUCAAAGUGCGAGGAAGUAAACGGGGCGAGCUUCAGGGGCCUGGAGGAAUCCAGAGCAGAGGUUACUUCCUCUAUCGGCCACGAAAUGGAAGACGAUCCUUAGAAUACGAGUAAAUAUAAAGAGUCCUCACCUCUGAAGCUGAGUGUACAGAAAACACACACACACACACACACACACACACACACACACACACACACACACACACACACACACACACACACACACACACACACACACACACACACACACACACACACACACACACACACACACUCCCUGAGACCUGAUCUGCUGCUCCACGACCGACUGAUCCGCUCCACAGAACUCUGCUGUACAGUGAUGUCUGAAUGUAUAAAACACGAUUAUUUGUCCUCAUUUUAUUUUGUGUGUGUCAUUUGCAUUAAAACUGCUCUAAUGUGUUUGUGUAAGUUUGAUUUGUUACAUUAAAUCAGGGCUUUGUCAAGAGAUUCUGGGGCCCCAUGAAAAGAUAUCACAUCGGGGCCCCUCCACCACAGCCUGAAGCCAACUCUGCCGUAUUAAUACAACCACACCUCAAUUACACAAA